AUGGCAUUAUCACUCCGUCUCUUCGCCGUGAUCCUUGCUGUGAGCUCCAUGGCGGUCGUCGGCGCGCAGCGAGUGGACGUGUCGUUCAAUCAGAACUUCGUCUUCCCCUCGUGGUGCAAGCCGCCCUUCUGCACCAGCGCGCCUGACGGAAGCAUCGCCCUCGCCGUCAGCCCCAAAUCCGUCGGAGUCUUCGAGUCCAAGGGCGUGUACAGCUACGGCAUCUACUCCGUGCGAAUGAAGCUCCCCGUGGGCUACUCGGGCGGCGUCAUCCCGUGCAUUUACCUCAUCAAGCCCGGCGCCUCGUCAUACCAGUCGAUCCACGACGAGAUUGACCUCGAGUUCCUCGGCGGCACGGACCCGCGCAACAUCACCAUCCACACCAACCUCAUCACGGGCGGGCAGGUCAAGCUGGAGCAGUUCCGCUUCCCGUUCGACCCGUCGGCGGCGUUUCACACGUACACGAUCGUGUACUCGCCCGAUCGGGUCAUGUGGUUGGUGGACAAUACGCCCAUCCGCAUCACCAGCCGGGCGCCCGGGAAUCCCUUCCCAUCUGACAACGUCAAAAUCAUGGGCUCCAUUUGGGACGCGUCGUCGUGGAGCAAGCUCAAGCCCAGCUACGCGAACGGCCCGAUCAAGAAGGUGCCGGGAGUGGAUAAGUCGUUCGACAAGUACUUCAAGUUCCCCGACUGGUGCAAGGAGAGCAACUGCCGCAAGGACAGCAACGGCACCGUCACCAUCUCCGCAACAAACCAGUCCGUCGGAGUGUUCUACUCCAAGGACUACUACAAGUAUGGAGUCUACAGCCUGCGCAUGAAGCUGCCGAGCAACUACUCGGGCGGCAUCAUCCCGUGCUUCUACCUCAUCUCACCGGGCCCACAAGGCUACACGGACAUCCACGACGAGAUCGACUUUGAGUUCAUUGGCGGGGAGAACCCCAUGGAUAUCACCAUUCACACUAAUCUCAUCACGGGCGGGCAGGUGAAGCUGGAGCAGUUCCGCUUCCCGUUCGACCCGUCCGCGGAUUUCCACACGUACUCGAUAGUGUACUCUCCGAUGUAUAUCAUGUGGAUGGUGGAUGAUUACCCAAUACGCAUCGCCGUGAAUGAAACGGGCCAUCCGUUCCCAACGCUGCCCAUGGAAUUCAAGGCUUCGAUAUGGGACUCCUCGUCAUGGAGUUGGCUCAAGGCGAACUACAGCAACGGCCCAAUUCAAGCGCAGUACCGCGAGUUUGACUUCUCCCGCUCCUGCCAAAUGCCUCAGGACCUCUCUGAACCGCCCUGUCUCCGCCUCCGCUCGUCCAAGCACGCCCCGUGGCUGUCCAAAAUGACUCUGCCGCAGCUCAGAAAGGAGAGGGCGUUCAAAAAGUACUACACUAAGAAGAUUUACGACUGCGCCAGCAGCGCAAACUGCGGGAGUCAUUCCCGUAGCUACUCCUCUGCUGGUGACGUGGCGGAGGCUGACGUGUCACCGGGGGAACUGGCGGGGCGGAAGGCGGCGGCGGAGCUGCAGGUGCUGGGGGUGGUGGGCGCGGGGCAGAUGGGGAGCGGAAUCGCGCAGCUGGGAGGUGCGCGUGGGGCGGGGAUUUGGGGCGAAAGGGGAGGGGGGGAGCGGGAGCCUCUUGCAAUGAAUCCUGCUCAAUCCGCAUCCCCUCCAUCCAUUCCCCUCUCGCUCCCGCUCCCCCGUCCCCCCACGGCAGCCAUGGCGGGGAUGCGAGUGGUGGUGGCGGACACGACCAUGGCGGGGAUGCGAGUGGUGGUGGCGGACACGAGUCUAGCAGCACUGGAUCACUGCAUGGCCGGCAUCAAGCACUCCGUGGGGCGCCUUGUCAGCAAAGGGCGCCUGGAUGAGGCAGCAGCGGCAGCAACACUAACUCACAUUCGCACCACUCCAGAACUACCCCCCUUGGAGCAGGCAGACUUCAUCGUGGAAGCGGUAGCAGAGAGUGAAGCGGUGAAACGCAAUGUGAUUGGGCGGCUGGACGGCAUCGCCCCGCACCACGCUGUGCUGGCGAGCAACACGUCGUCCAUCUCCAUCACCCGCCUGGCUGCCGCCACCAGUCGUCCCGAUCAGGUGAUCGGCAUGCAUUUCAUGAACCCACCUGUCAUCAUGUCACUGGUGGAGGUGGUGCCAGGGCUUGCCACGUCAGACCACACGCUGCACCUCACCAAGGGCCUUGCGCACAGGUUUGGGAAGGUGGUGUGUGAGGCGCGGGACUACCCGGGGUUCAUAGUGAAUCGGCUGCUCAUGCCCAUGAUCAACGAGGCCUUCUAUGCCCUUCUAGAGGGGGUGGGCACUGCACAGGACAUUGACAGAGGCAUGAAGCUGGGUACCAAUCAGCCCAUGGGACCGCUACAUCUAGCGGACCUGAUAGGGCUGGACACCUGCGUCGCCAUCAUGCGAGUGCUACAUGCGGGAUUAGGAGACGCCAAGUACCGCCCGUGCCCUCUGCUCGUGCAGUAUGCUGACGCCGGGUGGCUGGGCCGCAAGAGCGGGCGCGGCGUGUAUGAGUAUCCGAGGCAGGAGGAAGGGGGGAGGGAAGGGGAGGGGGAGGGUGGGGAGAAGGUGGUCUGGGCACUAGCAUUGGUGCUGCAUGCAGGGCACACGGAGGUGGUGAGGAGAGGGCAGUGGGUGACAGCUGGCGGCCUGAUGGGCUGGGCUCUAGCACUGAUGCCGCACGCAGGGCUGGGGGACGCCAACUUCGCUGCUCCUGCAUACUUAAAUUACAAAAGCUUUAAGCUCCACCCCCGGAGGCACCCCAGAGAGCGCGUCGCAUGA